AUGUCUGGAGGGGUGGGCAAAGGUGGCGAUAGAGGAGAGGAGCCAGGAUCCUUGCUGAGUGGGAAGCAACAGUCCAUGCACGGCGCAGGCCACUGCAAGUGGUUCAAUGUGCGGAUGGGCUUCGGGUUUAUAUCCAUGACUAGUCGUGGGGGAACUCCCGUAGAUCCUCCUAUGGAUGUAUUUGUUCACCAAAGCAAACUGCACAUGGAGGGCUUUCGCAGCCUGCGGGAGGGAGAGCCACUAGAGUUUACCUUCCAGUGGUCCCCCAGGGGCCUGGAGUCUGUACAAGUCACGGGCCCCGGGAGAGGCCCCUGUUCGGGCAGUGAGAGAAGACAGAAACCCAAACCCCCGGCCCUGCCGCAGAGAUGGAAGCCAAAGGGAGACCGAUGCUAUAACUGUGGAGGACUAGACCACCAUGCCAAAGAGUGUGGCCUACCGCCCCAGCCAAAGAAGUGCCACUACUGCCAGAGCUCGACGCACAUGGUGGCCCACUGUCCUCACCGCCCCCCCGGCCCCUUGUCUCCUGGCCCUGCCACAGCCACUCAGGGAAGACGCACUACUGUGGACCAGUUCCCCUCUACCUCCUCCACCACCCCCUACAGCCCCAGUCCCAGGCAGGGAAACAGGCACUCCCAGCCCUCUCAGGACAGUUCCUCCCCCCUCAGCAAGUCCUCCAGCUCUCCGGAAGACCCGGCACAGAUCCAGAGGAGAUCUGGAGGGCACCACAGGUUGAAACAAUCCUGAUCCCCAACCACCAUGGACGGAUGCCACCUGUUAGUAUUACCUCUGGUCCAAUAAAACCCCCUUCCUUCAGUCUGAUCAGUCUCCUACUCACACAGACACAUCCUGAGCUACCUCUGGGGCAACCUCAAGCAGAUCCACAUUUCUAACCAAAUGGACAGUAAAGUAUCUAUUUUACUUCCUCAAUCCCUCCCAGACUCUCCCUCUACCAAACGCUGUACAUCUUAGCUACCUCCUGGGCCAACUCAAUCCAUCUCCACAUAGAUAGACCUACACUCUUAGUUACCUCCUGGGCCAACUCAAUCCAUCUCCACAUAGCUAGACCUAUAAUCUUAGCUACCUCCUGGGCCAACUCAAUCCAUCUCCACAUAGAUAGACCUAUAAUCUUAGUUACCUCCUGGGCCAACUCAAUCCAUCUCCACAUAGAUAGACCUAUAAUCUUAGCUACCUCCUGGGCCAACUCAAUCCAUCUCCACAUAGAUAGACCUAUAAUCUUAGCUACCUCUUGGGACAGAUUCAGCCUCAUCUACCUCAGAUUGGUAGCACAGGAAUGGUCAGUCACCCUUGUGUUUCCAUUGCUCAGUCAGGUUCAUUGACAUCCGCUCUACUAUCAAUUGCAAUAAGAAGACAACUGGGAAUGGGACUCACACACCAAAGCAAUCCUGUUAUUUCUUUUUUGAUAAUUUACCUGAUCUGAACCCUAUUGUCCCAAAGCUCAGUCUGUUCAAAUUCACCUGGAUUCACCAUUCACCUGGAUUCACCAUUCACCUGGAUUCACCAUUCACCUGGAUUCACCAUUCACCUGGAUUCACCAUUCACCUGGAUUCACCAUUCACCUGGAUUCACCAUUCACCUGGAUUCACCAUUCACCUGGAUUCACCAUUCACCUGUUCCAAUGGGAAGAAUUUCUUAGAUUUUCUUUCUCUAUUUUGGAGAUCUACGGAAGGGCGGUUAGAAGCCUUGGUUUUCUCUGUGCCUUUUUCAUCAGACGGUAGUCAAAGACACCCAAACCCAACCAUACCUCUUAGGCCCGGUUUGCCGAACAAAGAUUAAACCUACUCUUAGACUAAAACACCCUUUCAAUGGAGAAUCGUGUUCGUCAUUGAACUUGCUUUUUAGUCCAGGACUAGACUAGAUCUGUCUCUGGGAAACUGUUUCUAACUAAACCAAUGCUAAUAUGAUCAUUUGUCUGUUAAGGGCAGUGAAGAAGUAGUAUACCUGCCUCCAUAUGGUCUCAUUCAUCCUCAUCAAUAAGAAUACUCAAUGUAAAUAUUAAGAUGAAUGUUGAAUGCAUUUAUAAGGAGACAUGGUUUAUGUUUCUUUUAACUUUACUCACACCAUAUCAUGACCAUACAGUACUCUCUCUCCCACAGGGUACGGCUGCACUGACUGACUGUGAAAGGGAAUUCUCAGUGUGUCAGCGGAGCAGUCACUUCUUAAUGUGUGUUGACAAAUCAAACUUAAUCUAAUCGAAUGACCUUAGUAGGAAGUGUAAUAUGACAAAUAAUCAAUGGGGUGAAAUGUUUGCCUUCAAUCUUUUGACUGUGUGACUGAAGGGCAUGAUACUGCAUGAAACAAAGCCCAGAUAUGUUGUAUAAUGCAGCUAUGAAUUAACGUCUAGGCUCUACUAUGUUUACUGACAGUGAAUACAUGUUAUACUCAUAGAUCGUAUAUAUAAUCAAACAUUAGCACAAACCAAACUAGAUCCCUGGAGGACUCAAAUGUUAUAUUUUCUCGCAGGAGGAAGAAUGUUCAGGGAACUUACCAAAAAGUUUACUUUUCGUUUUGAGGGGAAUCAUCAUCAUAGAACUAAAUGUGUUUUUGUUUUAAGCAAAACAUGUGAUAUCGAUAUAGUGUUCAACUCUAUAGACUUAUGUACUGAUAUUAGUAACUACCUCUGAGUUCUAGGUAUACAUACUGUUAUUAUGUCCAUGUUACAUUGUAAAAGGACAUGUCCACACCUGUCUGAACCUGUGCGUUAUUGUAAGUGCAUACCACCAUCUAGUGGUCAGUUCUGGUAAUUUAUAUUCUGUUUACAUUAUGGUUUCUGUUUCUCUUAGCAUUCCUUGGUCACAUCACUAAGACAAAGGACCAAACUGAAAUCCUACACACAGGCCUAUUUCACUGAGUGUACAAAACAUUAAGAACACUCUCCUAAUAUUGAGUUGCACCCCCCUUCCUCCCUUUUGUCCUCAGAACAGCAUCAAUUCGUCAGGGCAUGGACUCUACAAGGUGUCGAAAGCGUUCCACUGGGAUGCUGGCCGAUGUUGAUGCCGAUGUUUCCCACUGUUGUGUCAAGUGGCUAGGUGUCCUUUUGGUGUUGAACCAUUCUUGAUACACACGGGAUUCUGUUGAGCGUGGGAAACCUAGCAGCGUUGCAGUUCUUGACAGAGGUGCACCUGGCACCUACUACCAUACCCCAUUUCAAAGGCACUUAACUUUGUCUUGCCCAUUCACCCUCUGAAUGGCACACAUACACAAUUAAAAAUAAAAAAAUUAUUUUAAAUUUAAAAAAAAUUGUUUCAUCUUUAUUUAACCAGGUAGGCUGGUUGAGAACAAUUUCUCAUUUGCAACUGCGACCUGGCCAAGAUAAAGCAUAGCAAUUCGACACAUACAACACAGUUACACAUGGAAUAAACAAAAUAUACAGUCAAAUAAUACAGUAGAAAAAUAAGUAUAUACAAUGUGCGCAAAUGAGGUGAGAUAAGGGAUGUAAAGGCAAAAAAGGCCAUGGUGGCGAGGUAAAUACAAUAUGGCAAGUAAAACACUGGAAUGGUAGAUUUGCAGUGGAAGAAUGUGCAAAGUAGAAAUAAUGGGGUGCAAAGGAGCAAAAUAAAUAAAUACAGUAGGGGAAGAGGUAGUUGUUUGGGCUAAAUUAUAGAUGGGCUAUGUACAGGUGCAGUAAUCUGUGAGCUGCUCUGACAGCUGGUGCUUAAAGCUAGUGAGGGAGAUAAGUGUUUCCAGCUUCAGAGAUUUUUGCAGUUCGUUCCAGUCAUUGGCAGCAGAGAACUGGAAGGAAAGACGACCAAAGGAGGAAUUGGCUUUGGGGGUGACCAGUGAGAUAUGCGUGCUACGAGUGGGUGCUGCUAUGGUGACCAGUGAGCUGAGAUAAGGCGGGGCUUUACCUAGCAGAGACUUGUAGAUAACCUGUAGGCAGUGGGUUUGGCGACGAGUAUGAAGCGAGGGCCAACCAAAGAGAGCAUACAGGUCGCAAUGGUGGGUAGUGUAUGGGGCUUUGGUGACAAAACGGAUGGCACUAUGAUAGACUGCAUCCAGUUUGUUGAGUAGAGUGUUGGAGGCUAUUUUAUAGGUGACAUCACCGAAGUCGAGGAUCGGUAGGAUGGUCAGUUUUAUGAGGGUAUGUUUGGCAGUAUGAGUGAAGGAUGAUUUGUUGCGAAAUAGGAAGCCAAUUCUAGAUGUAAUUUUGGAUUGGAGAUGCUUAAUGUGAGUCUGGAAGGAGAGUUUACAGUCUAACCAGACACCUAGGUAUUUGUAGUUGUUCACGUAUUCUAAGUCAGAGCCGUCCAGAGUAGUGAUGCUGGACGGUAGGUGAGCAGGUGCGGGCAGCGAUCGGUUGAAUAGCAUGCAUUUAGUUUUACUUGCGUUUAAGAGCAGUUGGAGGCCACGGAAGGAGAGUUGUAUGGUAUUGAAGCUCGUCUGGAGGUUAGUUAACACAGUGUCCAAAGAGGGGCUAGAAGUAUACAGAAUAGUGUCGUCGUGUAUCAGAAAAUCACCAGCAGCAAGAGCAACAUCAUUGAUGUAUACAGAGAAGAGAGUCGGCCCGAGGAUUGAACCCUGUGGCACCCCCAUAGACUGCCAGAGGUCCGGACAACAGGCCCUCCGAUUUGACAUACUGAACUCUAUCAGAGAAGUAGUUGGUAAACCAGGCAAGGCAAUAAUUUGAGAAACCAAGGCUGUCGAGUCUGCCAAUACAAAUGUGGUGAAUGACAGAGUCAAAAUCCUUGGCCAGGUUGAUGAAUACGGCUGCGCAGUAAUGUCUCUUAUCGAUGGUGGUUAUGAUGUCGUUUAAGACCUUGAGCCUGGCUGAGGUGCACCCAUGACCAGCUCUGAAACCAGAUUGCAUAGCAGAGAAGGUACGGUGGGAUUCAAAAUGGUCGAUAAUCUGUUUGUUAACUUGGCUUUCGAAGACCUUAGAAAGACAGAGUAGGAUAGAUAUAGGUCUGUAGCAGUUUGGGUCUAGAGUGUCCCCCCUUUUGAAGAGGGUGAUGACCGCGGCAGCUUUCCAAUCUUUGGGAAUCUCAGACGAUUCGAAAGAGCGGUUGAACAGGCUAGUAAUAGGGGUUGCAACAAUUUCGGCAGCUAAUUUUAGAAAGAGAGGGUCCAGAUUGUCUAGCCCGGCUGAUUUGUAGGGGUCCAGAUUUUGCAGCUCUUUCAGAACAUCAGCUAUCUUGAUUUGGGUGAAGGAGA